AUGUCGCCGUCACGUCCUAGCUGUUCAAAAAAACCGAAACGGGUUAUAAAACGUGAGUGAAAGUAUAGAUAACACUACUUCGAACCGGUUUCGCCGCUUUUUUGCUUCGCAAAACCGUUCGAAAGUUCACGUGUUCAUUUCUCUAAGUUCUCCGUCACAACUUUUUCAGUUUUAGAAAUGAAAACGUGUGCGGAGAAAUCAAAAUACAAAUAAAUAAACAAAGGGACAGACAACAAUAGCUAUUUUAUUAAACAAGACAUCAACGCGAGUCCGCUGCGCGGACCGAGCUGACGCUUGAAAGCGGCGUCGCCGCUAGUUAUUUUCUUCUAACUGUUCGAAAGUUCACGUGUUCAUUUCUUAAUUACUCCGUAAAAACUUCGAGUUUUAGAAAUGAAAACGUGUGCGGACAAACCAAGAAAAAAUCAUUCUUAUUAAUAUAACUCUUCACGGGUUUGUCCCUCUGUUUGUUUUUUUGAUUGUUUGUUUGUUUAUUUAUCCGUUUGUCCGUCUACACGUUCGGUUCCAAAAGGCUUGCAAAUGAAUAAAUAAACAGAGGAACAGACUCCUCAAGAAUUUUAUUGAUAAGAAUGAAGAAUGAUGAUAAUUAUGAAGAUUUCAAAAAAAGACGUUUUCUGUAGAAGAGGAGACAUCUGAGGAAGAAUUUUCCAUAGAAGACGAGAGUUCUGCGGAAGACGAAUCGGCUGUGGAAACGUGUGAUGGCCAACAAGAUGAUUUCGAGAUAAAAACGACUCUUUCUCGUAGGAAGCGUACCACACCGGGACCUCUCAGCUAUGAGCAGUAUAGCCGUCUUCACUUCAAAAAGGAUAAAGGUGAUCAAUACAGUAUGUUUUUCAUUUCUUCCAUGAAAAACUUUAAGAAAGCGGGUACAUGCCGUAUGUUCCGGGUCGCUGGACUCCUCAAAGUAUAUAUCGACUUCCAUCCGAUGUUGUGCUUGACACAAUUAGAAGAACGGGUACCGAAGGAAUGGGCAGAUAUGAGGUCUUAGCAGUUUCGGUAGUUUGUUUUUAAGUUAUGAAAGAUUCUAGAUAGGACAAGUUAUCGGUUAUGAUGCGACUGUGAAAACUGGUGGGCGAAAGGUAACUAAUUUCAUUGCCAAUUGCACUAACGAGCAUCCGGAUCAUGUUGGUCAGUUCCAAAAAAUGAAUGGAAAAGUUCGAACAAUUCGGUAAGUUUUCUAACUAGGGAAUGGCCUGAACUUACCUUGGGCUUUUGGAAUGGGACCUAUAUGAUUCGAAAGAGAAUUUCACGGAGAAUCCGAAUCUGCUCUCCAUUUUUGCUAAAGAGCACUGGCUGGCGAGAAAAUCGCAUCUGAAAUUCCAGUGCUAAAUUCAUUUUUUAACAUGUAAUCUGCAGUUUGGUGCAGAGGGUGUGGGCGCCCGAGCGACUGUUGUUGUCACUCGCCCAGUUUCAGUGCUUCCGCAGCAGCUGGAUGGUCGAAUGGUUAGUGAGUUAGAGUUGUGAGUGGUAGGUAUGGGGUUCGUGUCCGCGCUAUGGAAAAGUUUUUGGCAAUAUUUUGCUCUUUUUUUUCGAACAAUUUCUGGAUAUCACUUUUGCAUUUUUUCGUCAUUAUUUUUUUAACGAGUCGUAACUACUGACCCUUCAAAGUCCCGAAAAAUGAAUCUCGUUGCUCUGACUCCAGUACUCACUUUUUUCUGCCUGUUUCUGCCACAGUUUCUAGCAAGUUCAUCUUCGGCGACCUGUAUCUCACGAACCACGCGUCCGUUGCAAAAGUGGUCAACUAGUAAGUUAACGCAAAUUAUCUCGUGAAUAACUUUGUAGUUAAUCGUCUAUUUUUUAAAAAAUUAGUUUUCGAGUUAUGAACUGUUUUCCUAGAGCGACAAGAGCUGGGGUCAGAGCGACGAUAACUCGAAAACUAAUUUUUUUAAAAAUAGACGAUCAACUACAAAGUUAUUCACGAGAUAAUUUGCGUUAACUUACUAGUUGACCACUUUUGCAACGGACGCGUGGUUCGUGAGAUACAGGUCGCCGAAGAUGAACUUGCUAGAAACUGUGGCAGAAACAGGCAGAAAAAAGUGAGUACUGGAGUCAGAGCAACGAGAUUCAUUUUUCGGGACUUUGAAGGGUCAGUAGUUACGACUCGUUAAAAAAAUAAUGACGAAAAAAUGCAAAAGUGAUAUCCAGAAAUUGUUCGAAAAAAAAGAGCAAAAUAUUGCCAAAAACUUUUCCAUAGCGCGGACACGAACCCCAUACCUACCACUCACAACUCUAACUCACUAACCAUUCGACCAUCCAGCUGCUGCGGAAGCACUGAAACUGGGCGAGUGACAACAACAGUCGCUCGGGCGCCCACACCCUCUGCACCAAACUGCAGAUUACAUGUUAAAAAAUGAAUUUAGCACUGGAAUUUCAGAUGCGAUUUUCUCGCCAGCCAGUGCUCUUUAGCAAAAAUGGAGCACAGAUUCGGAUUCUCCGUGAAAUUCUCUUUCGAAUCAUAUAGGUCCCAUUCCAAAAGCCCAAGGUAAGUUCAGGCCAUUCCCUAGUAAGCGUUAACAGUGUAUUCACCAUUCUCUUUUCUAAGAUAUUACUGGAAAGAAAGUGAACAACCUGAAAAGUUUGAAAAACUGCUCCUGGAGUUUGAAGCGUUAUCCGGACAGACUUGUCCGUUCAAGAUUGGCGAAGUUCUGAAGUUUCCGGAAAAGAAACUGAGUGAGCUCCAUUAGUUUUUUCCAGAAUGUAUAUAAGUUUUUUUUUAGAUACGCUCCGAAUAAGCGAUGUUACUUUGAAGAGGCUUAACCGACUUUUAACAAUGGUAAACGAGCAUCGAGUCAUUGUGACCAUAAACCGAGUCAUAAAAAAGAUUUUUGAAGAAGAGUUAGCCGAAGGAUAUAAGUUCCAAGUGAGUCUAUCACUUUUUAUUACGUAGUUUCCGAGAUAAAUUCAGAUUGACAAGAAGUCAGUGAUGAAGUGUUUGUUGGCUCUCAAAAGUAAAGGGUUGAUCAGUGUUUGGGAGACUACUGUACGAUCUGAUAAUGUGGAUUAUCAAGUAAGUAUUGUUGAAUGUUCAAUUUUUCAAGAGCACUUUCAGAUUCAAGUAGUUGGACACAAAUCAAUCAAAAAAGUAGACGAUCCCGAAGUUUACAAAGCGAUCGCCACCAUUCUUGACUCGUACCACAAAGAAGGAAGAGUUUUUCCCCAUGGCCAGUUCCGAGUGCUCAAGAAAAGAAAUGAAGUUACUGGACCAACAGAAUUUGAAGAAAAAGUUGAGGAGAUUGAUGAAGAUGUGUCGAAAUCUAGAACCGUCAAGGAUCGCUAUCACUUUUUCCGAGUACAGGUUCUUCGAAACAGCUGGAAAGGAGUAAGUUGCUGAAGUAAAUCAAUCUAGAAACAGUUGCAUUGUCAGAAAAACAUCAAAGACGAAGAGGAAGAAGAAACGGGAGAAACGCACAAGGAAGAGCCCGACGAAACUAUUCUCGAUGAAACAGUCGAAGAAGAUCCGAAUCAGGCAAUGGUCAACUUGUUUGGUAAAGUUUUCUCCAUUCAUCAUGUAUAGUGAUCUUCUAUUUUCAGCCAAAAGUCCAGCUGUUUCGAACCCACAAAAAAGAUCAAGCAUGUAUUAUUUUGGACGUGAUUCUUUGGGAUAUCAAGCAAAAGCUAUUCGCCUGCACGUGCUACACGAGAUCGCUUUUCACUUUGUUCAUGGUUUCAGCGGCUCGGAGCAACUUAAAAAAUCCUCAGUUUUCAAUCUGUAUGUUCUUUUCUUCUCAACUUGUGAUGAGUUACUAUCUUAGAUUUCCACCCGCACAAGCCUUUGACACAUGGCCCGUGAAAGAUGAGGCUACCGCUGAAGUGUUCCUCGACGAGGAAUCUCCAUACAGAUUCAUGCCUUCUCAGCCCAAGUAUGAUGGCGUUGAUCAGGGAUGGUUUAUGGUUCAAGACUUCUUGGCAGCAAUGCCACUCUCAAUUUUUGUGCUCACCAACUACGUUCCAAGAAAGAUAGAUGUAAAACUAAUAUUUAAUUAAUCUGAAAUUUCAAAUUUUGUUUCCAGCGCUUUUUGUUACAAACAUUUCUAAAGGAUCCCAUAAAGCGACAUCUUUGCCUUGGCUAUCUUCCUGUUGAAGUCCGAGAAGUUCUGAUGAAAGAAAAGAAAAUUCACAAGCAGCUAGAGCAUGCUUUCUUAUUACUUGGAGCAAUGGGUCUAGCCGCAGUGGGCCCGAACCCAUCAGUCAAGCGUUUUCCAGGAGCAUCUUCUUCUAUGUUUUUCAUUGCAAAAAGGUUGAGAUUCAUACAUUUUCUUAAAUACGAGUUUUCUUUUUCCAGGGCUCAUCUGGUCGACACCAGCAGCAGUGCUAAAGGAUAUGCAUGUGUGAACCCUCCAAUCGAGAUUGGAAAUUAUCAGAAGUAUGAGUACGAGUUUACAACCAGGGACGAAAUCACUCUAUAUUGGCAUCAUUUGCGUGCUAUCGUUCAGUCGACUCCUCUUUCAUACAGAAGUGACGAUUUCGGUGAACAACGCUGUGCCACCAGGCACAAGCUUUUCUCGAUAGGCGUAUUUGACAAGGUAUUCGACAUUGACAUAGUUUUUUAAACGAAACAUUGUCUCUUCAGAAAGUAGUGGAACGGCAACACGUAGACGUGAGCAGAACUUUGAGUCCAAACACGCUCCGAGAUGGAGUAGCCGGAUUUGACAGUGCUCUUUUCUUACAUCUCAAACGACAUUGGGAACUUUUAACCGCUCCCCAUCUCAUUGUCUCUUGGUUUGUAACAAAGUUCCGCAAGUGUUCAGAAGUUAUGAAGCCGAUAAUUGAAAAAAAGGUACGGGUGCUCCAGAGGGACUGGAAUAACUUCAUGAGACUCACUCUGACUGAUAGUGAUGCAAUGAAGAAUUCGAAUUCUCUGAAUGUGGAGUGUCCACCUAAAGUAAAGAAGAAUUUCCGAAGUUUUAAAACUAAGUCGAAAGAAAAGGUGAACGCGUUUUCUAAAACUAUUCAUUUAACCUGACCCCUUUCAGAAACUCCUGAGGAACCCAAAGAAAAGAAAGCCGGACAGUGUGGAUCUCGUGAGCUCCUCUUCUCGAAUCAGCGUCCGUUGUCGAUUUAGCCCUAAAGAACGAGACCAAUUGAUUAUGAUCCGAGCUGUUGGCUUUUUCUUGAAUCCUGUCUAUAGAUUCUGGCUCGAUCCUACAGUGCUACGUGAUUUGAUGCAUGAAUUUGUUCCUGAGAGUCGGAACAAAACAGUGCAGAGUUUGAUGGCUUGCGGAGUCCGUGAACUUGUCCGAUCUAACAGAUUAGCCUACCUGCAGAGAGUCGUCAGGAACCUCUCCACGUUCCCAGUAAGUUUUUGAUUGCCGAUCUAUUAAUAGCUAUAAUUUCUAGGAAAUGAGACGUUUGAGAUCCGAGCUUUGCUCGACUCCAGUUUCACCCACUCAGUCAAAGACAGAAUUCUUCAAGGAUGCGUUUCGAACUGCCAUGAGACUUCUUUUCGUGUAGUUUUUCCUGAAACUUUCUUCCUUAAAGUAACUCUUAUUUAGCGAUAACGACCGUAUACCUCACACUUCCAUCUCUGAUGCCAGUUUCAAGCAGUUCCUGAUCAGUGGAAACGUGUCCGUCACAAAGGAAAACGCGGUUUCCAACUCGCUGCCAUACCGAUCUCAAAAGCCGUUCACAAUCGGUCACAUUCAACAUUGCGUGACUUCAAAUGUGUUGUUGGUCAGUUUUUCAGAAUGAUCUUGGGACCAGGGCUGGGCAAUUGGCCGGCCCGGGCUUUUCGUUGGCCGACCCUUGACAUGGACUUUUGAACCACUUGCAAUAUUCCGAUCGGACCCAAACAUGAUCUACAUAUCUCGGGACCAGAUGAUCCGAUCGGGCUGAAACUUGGUCCUAGUAUGCUUCAACCCAUGUCCAGGAAGCCUGCAAAGUUUGGGUCCGAUCGGAAUAUUGCAAGUGGUUUAAAUGCCCAAGUCAAGGGCCGGUCAACGAAAAGCUCGAGCCAGCCAAUUGCCCAGCCCUGCUCGGGACGGAUACCUGCAAUCGGGCUGAAGUAGCUAAUAGCACUACUAGCUAUCUUCAUCAGUCCGGCCCGCGCAGCCCGAAUAACUGAAAAAAAUGAGCAAAUUAGGGCUGACACUUCAUUGUUCUGGUUACAACGAUCCAAAGCUAUUUUUGAAGCUUGUCCAUGUCUAUUUGUGAACAUGCUCUGGUCUGUUUUUACCGCUUCAUAUCGCAAACCGUACUCCGUCAGCACGCGGACGAGUCGCUACGCAGCAACAAAAUACCGGCGGGAAAUUCAAACCGUGUUCACAAAUAUUCGCCGUGUUGUCUCUUAUUCAUUGUUAAGAAAAUAUUUUUCAAACUGUUUUUUCAAAAAAAAAAAACAUUUUGAUUACUCAAUUUACCGCUCUUGCCCCCUCGGUGUUUGCAGACUCAAGACUAAUUUCAGGAAAUUUUGGCUUGCGUCUGCAAACACCGAGGGGCAAUAGCGAUGAAUUGAGUUUAACGAUUUAAAUUCUUAGAGUGUCUUGAUACAUUCGGAAAACAGCGAGUUUGCUGAGAAAGUGCUCGAUCAAAUCCCCCCCGCCGUUCUUCAAUCGGUCUUACAAAGCCUCAGAACGGACGGCCUAGUGUCCAGGAGCCGAACUGCGGAAGCAAUGGCCGACCUGGCCAACAAGAAUCACGCUACUCUAUCGUACUAGUAUGUAACGCCCGCUUUCAGAUCAUUUUUCUGUUAUCGAAUUUCAGUUUUCGACACUUCUUCUCCCACCGCUUCCAUUCUGACCUGAUCGAGGGGACAGGUCGUCUUAUGGCAGAAUACGAAGACGAUGCGUCGCCAGACACUCUUGAACUCGUCGGUGACAUGCCAGAAGUGGUUGUGGCUGCGACGAGCACAUUCUAUUCAAGCAAAUGCACCCUGGACAUGAGGGUAGACGAUGACAUUCUCGAGGCGUUCUCAAAAAUGGACAAAGAUCAAACUGUCAAAAAGAUUCGCUACCUGGAGUCUACCGAUCUUCAUUUCGAGAAAGUGCAUGUGAUAAUCGAAAAAACCGGAGAAAACAGCGACCAAGAAGAUAUGCUAGACGAAAUUGUGAAGUUUCUUGACAAGUAAGCAAAUUCAAAAGAAGAUCCACAAGAUAGUAGACGUUUACAGAUCGCGAGUUGUUCAAGAAAAACCGCUGAUAGACGAUUGGAUAAGAAGAUUUGAAGGACCGAUCAGAAGGCAGAUUCGUGCCGUUCUACUCGUUAUCAAAGCUUCUAAAGCUGCAGGUGUCACAAUCAAAGAAAUAUCUUCAAUGGUCAAGUUCCCACUGGAAAGAAUUCCUAUUAUUCUGAAGGAUCUCAACGAUAAUCAGUAUAUUCUGGAAUGUGGAGUAGAUGAGCGCCGUUUGGUGAGCAGUGAGUAUGAAGCUGCUUGGAAUAUCACUGUGAACGAUAGAAAGUGGUGCCCACGGCCGUGGUUGUCUCCGGAAGGUUAGAAAAUCUGUCGAUGAUCGAAUGCUUAGACAUUAAUCUUACAGGCACAAUCUCUCUUCCCGCUGUUAGAUGGAUCGCGGAAAGUGUCCUCUUACUCAUUGUUGGAAAGUUGGGAAUUCAGUUAGAAGACCUUCUUUUUACGUACGAAUUCGCCAUGCAGCCGAUCGCAAUAAGAGAAAUGGCUGAUCUUCUGGAGAAGUUGGGAUGUAUUCAAUUUGUACACAAAACAUUCAUGUCUUCGAAGUUAUCAUCUCCUUUCUCAAGUGAUUGUUUAGACCAAUAUUCCCUAUGUCUAUUUACGUUUUCAGAAUCGAGCACAUCUCAGUCUAUAACAUACAUUCACCCAACUGUAGAUGCCCUGGAGCGUUUCUCGAAAAUCUUCCAUGGUGUCGCACUGUUGCCGACAAUGACUUCUAAGCCAAACUAG